AUGCGCACAUUGUUCUCCAUUGAAUUCGAGGAGAAACACGUUCCUAGCCCGAUCACAAUCUCCUUCGCGAGGUCGAGUAAUAAAUUUCGAUCGAAUGGCACCGCGUUGCUUUUGCGAGGUGAGACAGGACAAAGGGAAUGGUGCACCCUGGCGUAUUGGGAAUUGGGCGGCCGAGUUGGUCGUUUAUAUCCUGUGGAGCCAUCGACGGUGAACGUCUUCGACUCUCUUCACGACGGCGACGGUCUUUGUUUAGCGACUCUGGUUGAGAAUCAUAGUGCACCGCCCGCAGUCCAGCGUACACGCAGCAAAAUCGGCCUUGGACUAACGCUCAGUCAGGAGGCGGACGGUGUAUGGGCGUACAAUCGGUCAGAGAGCCCAAUUUUUGUGAAUUCGCCCACCCUGGACGACCCGGAAUCGAGAACGUUGCUAGUUUACCGGGUGCCACCGGGUUUCUGUCUCAACAUCUUUGACCGCGCCAAGAUCAUGCAGCUUCCAUACGGCGGCGGCGGCGGUCAGGCCACUGGUUUUACCGCCUCCGGCCCCGUCGACAUUAACUCCGUCCGCAUCAGCUUCGCCAAAGGCUGGGGACCCAAGUAUUCGCGGCAGGAGGUCACUUCCUGUCCGUGCUGGCUCGAGGUGCUUCUGGCGCCAUGUAGGUGAUCAUCUUCAAGGCUGGCCAGGCCGAAGAAUACCGUCAAGUCCCGUUUUCAACAUGCGCCUCUUGCUCCUCCUCGUCGUCAUCGUCGUCGUCGUUAUUCUCGGGGAAGAUAGGUGAUAAUGAUGUGGCGACCGUGGCCUUUAGCUCCGUCCUAGCGAGAGCUGUGUUAAUAAUAAAUAAAUAAAAAGAACACGUGUGUGUGCGCCGGGGGCGAUCCCUAGCGGCGCGUGCCGGGGUCGUCCCAACAACCCCAGCAGUCUUACCAAAGUACACGCCGUUAAAAUAAUACGUUUAGGAACAACGUUGCGUUCCAUUUUCGUC